AUGAGUUCCCAGCGCGAAGACUCCAUUCCGCAUGAGCUACGCACUGCAGCGGAACCGCGACAGAACAGGCUUUACCCAGUGCGUCUGUCGCAUGUGGAGCAGGUCAACCCCUCUAUCCGCUUGCUACAGUUUGCUAUUCCAUCACGAGCGAGUAAUGAUGACAACAACCAACAACCAUUCACUUUCCUCCCAGGCCAAUGGCUAGAUGUUCACAUCCCAACCAUCCCAACAGCCGGCGGGUUCACCAUAACUUCAACCCCCGCAGAUGCCCAGGCACUGCCAUCACCCGAGCCACCAGGGGAACCACUCCUUGGCGAAGAAGCCGGGUCCUCAAUCCCCUGUCAAGGACGAGAACCUUACGUGGAACUAGCCGUGCAAGACUCCCCUUCUAAUCCACCCGCUGCGUGGCUGUGGAAACCCAAGGAGCGGAUUAUUGGGAAAGAAGUGAAUAUUCGUGUUGGGGGGAGCUUUGUCUGGCCGCCUUCCGGGGUUGAAAGAAAACAAGUCAAAAAUGUUGUUUUCGUUGCUGGAGGGGUGGGAAUUAACCCGCUCAUCUCCAUCCUCUCACACCUAAAUAAUCAAACUGAGAGCACACAGCCCUUGAAUAUCCAUUUCUUAUACUCGAGUCGACUACCCCAAGGUCACGAAACAGCCUCACCAGAUGAAUCACUGAACCAGAUUCUCUUCCUCCCACGAAUCCGUCAAAUAAUUCGUUCCCAACAACAAUCCCACCGUCUCCGAAUCUCCCUCGAUCUAUUCCUCACAGAUUCGAACUCUUCUCGUCUCACCCCUUCUAGCUCCCCGGCUGACCUGACAAUUCAUUCAAAGAGAAUUGAAAAGUCUGAUAUCUUAUCCGCUGUUGUCGGCGGAGAUGGGAAACUAGACCCGCAAGAAAGUGUAGCUUAUGUCUGUGGACCACCGCAGAUGACAGAUGAAAUGGUCGAGUUGUUGAAGGGUAUUCUUGGAGAGGGUGGGGAGGAACGAGUCUUUUUUGAGAAAUGGUGGUAA